UCCCUCUUCCCCAUCUAUAUAUACGUUAGCUUGCCUUCUCUGGUUAUCCAUCAGAAUAAGUUUUACCAUAAAGAAACUCUCUUCUCCUUCACAUUUCUCUGUUUCUCUCUGCAACUCAGCGUAGCAUGCUGCCUUCCGUCAUCCCCAAUUGAGAGUUCCAGAAGAUCAGAAGAAGAAGGAGCUCCAGAAUCAAUAGGUGAGUUGAAUCGGAAUUUGAUCGAGAUGCAGGGAGCACUAUGGGGAUCAGUUUUCAUCUUUUUCCUCACGAUUGGUGCAGUGCAGUCGCAGCAAACUGUGAAUCCCCUCGGAUCACAAUCCACGCCGCCUGUUCAAUCGCCGCCACCACCGCCAUUGUCUCCUACUCCUCCUUCCCCGCCUAAAUCGCCCACCCCACCUCCACCCCCUUCCCCUACCUCCCAUCCCACUCUCCAUCGCCCCGUUGGGCCUCGAGAGCCAUAUCACCAAAACAACCCGCCUCCACCCCCUUCCCCUACCUCCCAUCCCACUCCCCAUCGCCCCGUUGGGCCUCGAGAGCCCUAUCACCAAAGCAAUCCACCUCCACCCCCUUCCCCUAGCUCCCAUCCCACUCCUCAUCGCCCCGUUGGGCCCCGAGAGCCCUAUCACCAAAGCAACCCACCUCCAUCCCCUUCCCCUACCUCCCAUCCCACUCCGCAUCGCCCCGUUGGGCCCCGAGAGCCCUAUCACCCAAGCAACCCACCCCCACCUCCUUCCCCUACCUACCAUCCCACUCCGCAUCGCCCCGUUGGGCCCCGAGAGCCCUAUCACCCAAGCAACCCACCCCCACCCCCUUCCCCUACCUACCAUCCCACUCUGCAUCGCCCCGUUGGGCCCCGAGAGCCCUAUCACCCAAGCAACCCACCUCCACCCCCUUCCCCUACCUACCAUCCCACUCCGCAUCGCCCCGUUGGGCCCCGAGAGCCCUAUCACCCAAGCAACCCACCUCCACCCCCUUCCCCUACCUACCAUCCCACUCCGCAUCGCCCCGUUGGGCCCCGAGAGCCAUAUCACCGAAGCAACCCACCUCCACCCCCUUCCCCUACCUCCCAUCUCACUCCCCAUCGUCCCGUUGGGCCUCGAGAGCCCUAUCACCAAAGCAAUCCACCUCCACCAGGGGUGUCUGGCACAAGGAUUUUAGUUGGAAAAGAUUUUUAAUGUUAUAAGGAAAUAUCUGUGAAGUUUCUAGUGUAUGGCUCAGCUCCUCAUUGUUUGUAUGGACAAUCUACAUUCUCAGGGUUUUAAAACCAUUGCUGAUGGGAUAGAAAAAAUUUAAUUCAUCAAGUGUUUUUUUUGUUGAUUGUAA